CUCUUCAUCUCUUUAUAUCUUGCUCAGUCAAGUCUUCUUGAUAUCAAACUACACGCGUACUCCGGCUCGACUCAGGCAUACCGUGCGCCAAGUCGCGGACAAUGACCGCCUAACCUCCCUCACCGACACUCGACACUCCACCGCAGCUACCUGAACUCUUGGCCGGCCUUGACGCGCCGCGUCCUCCGUUGUGGCCAUGGCGUCAAACCCGGUAAACUGGCUCUUCCUCGCCGAGCUAGUCGUCGUGGUCAUCGUCACGUCGGCCUUCCUCUUCUACUGGAACCGUCUGUUUGGCGCCAUCAUCGCGUUCAUUAUCCGCAUCGUCACAAGACGCCUCUUCAACUCGUACAUCUUUAUAGGCUCGUUUCAAAUAUCGCCCCUCGCUGGCCGUAUCUCCUUCCGAGAUGUCGAGUACCACUCGAGUAACAUUUCCUUUCGUGCGCUGCACGGAAACAUUACCUUUCGAUACUGGAAGUUUCGCGUCCGGCAGGAGGGCGAGACGGGGUCGUCCAACACCAAGAAGUCUCGUUUACCAUGUCGGAUAUCAGUCACAGCCGAAGGCGUCGAGAUGUUCUUGUACAAUCGAACCUCUGCGUACGACGCGAUCGUCGAGCGCAUGAAGAAGCACGAGGAGCAGGAAGCGGAAGCCGACGCUGCUGGGGACAGCCUCAACUCGACGGACAGCGCGCACACGACACAGACGGAGAGCACGUCGCGUGUCAACGUCCGUCAGCGCAAGGCGGCCAAGGCGACGUCUCCCAGAGACUCGGAGGAGGGAGAAAAGCCUUUCGUGCCACGCGAGGAUGACCCAGAAGGCAACGGUGAGGCGAUGACAACAAGCGCUCGCAACGCCAAUGCUGAUCCCUCAGGUCAUGCGUCGCGGAGAAUGCAGAGCCGCAACAGUGGCAUCGAGAUCGUCGAGACCCCAGGAGUUAGCUGGCUCCAUGAGAUCUUACCCGUCGAGAUCCACAUUGUCCAAGGCUCGGUUGUGCUGGGCAGCGACGCGACGCCUAUGGUCUUCAUCGCCGACUUUAAGCGCGCAAAGGGUGUGGUUGAGGUGACCGACUCGCGCAACCCCAUUGAUCUGCACAAGAUCAGCACCCACCUAAGCAUGUCGGACGUCCACAUCCUCAUGCGCACCAACAUCGACUACACCGGUCCCCUGUUGUCCCACGGGAAACGCGUGUAUGACGAGGUGCUCAAGGAUGAGCCCGACGUCGCGGAGAAGCCGCCGUCCACCAUCUCCUCGUUCCUCGGGUUCCAUGCGCUCGCGAAGAAGUUCCCGUCCAUCUUCGACCCCAAGCUCUCGGCGCAGACAAUGGCGGGCAUCACGCCCGACCGCGUAUGGAAGGGCCUGGCGCGGUAUCGGCUACCCGAUGAAGAGGGGCAUACCAAGAAACACCAGGAGGAGAGACAGUACGCCAAGGUGACCCAGGUGCUGCACACCCAGCAGCUCGACGUCACGUACUUUUCCGAUACGCCAGGCAAGGUCCCAGAGGUCGCAGACCCGCGCUUUGUGGACCCCAAUGACGAGAUCGGAAAUGUAGAGAUGGCUCCAGAGUACGGCAUUGAUGUUGUCCUCCAUGGCGGAUUGGUCAACUACGGGCCUUGGACCGAUCGCCAGCGCGAUGCCCUUCAGAAGGCGUUCAACCCGUCCAUCUUCUUUGACUCGACACCACGUGUCAAGCUCAAGCCUGGCGAUGAGCGAGUCCACUCGCAGCUGGUGAUCAAUGUCAACAUCGACGACAGAACAACUCUGCGAAUCCCCACACGAGAGCCUUCCAAAGACUGGAUGUUCCAGGGGGCCAAGACGAACGUUGAACGGCGAUAUGGGUGGCUCGAUGUCAAUGUCGGCCCCAACUCGUCAGUCACGUACACUCAGUCACAGUGGCCCACAGCGCAGGGAUACGAGUCAAUGGUUCUCCUACACCUUGACACGCUCGAGGUUGCGUCCAGCGUCAACCUGGUCAACUUUGUGAUGGCCAAGUCGUGCAAGGUUUCAAUGACCAUGCCUACACCCCUGGUGUGGAAUGCUCAACGCAACUGGGGCAUCGACGUUACUCUCGACUCGCCCGAGAUCGUUCUCCUCAGAGAGCACAUCACCCUCAUCUCGGAUCUGUCCAAGGACUGGAGCUCAGGAGGGAGUGGUGACUUCCACCACUUCGUCCCCAUGCACUACAACUUUCGCCUGUCGCUGAUCAAGUACCAUCUCCACCUCUACGUCAACGACUUCAACAUUGUGGACAAUCCCAGGUCAAGAGACCGCAAUGCCUUCCUCAACAUUGACGGCCCGAGAUUGGACACUUUUGUGGCCGUUUCGACUACGCGCUACAAACCCGAGUUCUCCGUCGUCCCAUUCACGAUCAACGCGCACGAUGCGGAUGUCGGCAUCACAUUGCCUGUGUGGGAUACACACCGCUCGUUUGGCAACGGGGGAGACUCGAUCCCUGUGGGCAAGAUCGGGCUUAUCGACGUCAGCGGCUCUUACCGCUACUACUCUUCGGUCAAGCCUGAUCACCAAGAGACUCUCAAGCUCCACAUAGGCGCCGAGCGCGUCGUUUUCACAGCAAUGGGUUGGGCAGUUCGCCGAAUGUUCAGCAUCAAGGACAACUACUUUGGCAACUUUACCCAGUUCUCCACAAUGCAGGAGUACUUGGAGCGGUUCGAUCACAGCCCAGAUUCCGUCGGCGAUCCUGUCGUGCAGAAGUACCGGCCAGGAAGAUCGGAUGCCUUUGCGGUGCACCUCACUGUGAACAUUCGCGACUCGCUGGUUCUCAUGUCGGACGAGAUCUACAGCGCGCAGAAGGGCGUGGCGAUCCCCGUCCCAGAACUCCAGAUCGACCUUAAGAACAACGAGUUCCAGAUGGACAUGUCGAUGGACGCGGCCCCGACGUACUGCGUGCCAUGCGACGACUUGGACGCAGCAUUCGCCGCCACCAAGGCUCCUCUUGCGACAACGGAAGACGUCGUGUUUGUCGAGGGCAUUGCUAUCAAGGCGAACCGUCUUUUUGGACCUCCGCCCAAGGCCACAACCUACGUCUGUAUGUGGGACCUUGCGUUCGACCGUGUUGCCGCGUUCCUGUCCCCAGAGUUCAAGGAUACGCUGGCUGCGGUAGGGUCAGCUGUGGGAUACAACUUCACCGACCACGACAAUGCCCCGACGUCGAUCUACAUCUCCAAAACCCCCGGUGAUGCCACCUUUGUCAAGAUCAACACCAGGCAUGUCACAGCUGUUCUCUCCACCGGACCGACUGGUGUGGCCAUUGAGCUUCCUGAAGGCUUGUUCCUCGACACCAGCAGCAUGGCUUCCAAGACGUGCAGAGGUUUGACUGGGCUGGGUAUUCCCUCCAUCAAGGCAUUCGUCGUCAGGAAGCGCGAGCAUCAUCGGCACUGGGAACCUGUGGGAUCACUAUCGACGGGCCUGUCCAUCGACAUUUAUCGUGUGCCAAAAGGGUGGCAAGAGUCCGCAAAGGAGCAGCAAGACUUCCUCCGUGAGCAGGACGAGCCGACAAAGCGCAUACCGUACCUCUACAAUGCCCCGGAUGACCACGCGUUGGGCCGCCACAUCGACGGCGUCUACGCGCCGUGUCCUCGCAUCAAGGAUGCAGAUUGGGACGAGUAUCAGUCGGAUAAGAACUUCAAGGAGGACGAGUACUACGAUUCUUCGUCGCAGGGAACAAGUGAUGGCACCAGUGACGAUACUGGUAGCGUCAUUCGCACCAAGCUCGCUCGUCGAAAGCGUACAAUGUCCGUCGCAACCUCUACACGUCCAAUGGGUCGGCAUACAGAGCAAUCCUCUCUGGGAGACGAGUCCGACAGCGUGUCGUCCAUCUCAUCAGCAUCGACUUCGGACGCACUAACCCCGGCUGUGGACCUCGAUAUGCCCACCGCUCUGGAAACGUACCUCAGAAACUUCCACAGAAUCCAACGCCGUGCAGGUCGCUUGUUUGAGGGUGCUCAGCCGCCAGCCACCCCGGAUGAGACUCCCGAACCUCCCACCACUCUCACCAUUACCGACGGGGGCAUCUUCAGGUUCACUCUCAGCGCUGUGUCGAUUGAGAUCAACCCCGACACCAUCACCUCCGUCGUGAGCGUUGGGCAUGGUCUGGGUGCAGUGCAAGCUAGGCCGGCUCAGCUCCUCGACCAGCUGCUCACAAACCAUGUGUCGGCGGUGCAGGAGGACAAGAGUGUUCGUGGCUCCACACUGUACGAUGUCAACCUCCCGGCAGUCUGCGCACGCCUCGUCGUUGGGCAGUUCAGUCGUCCAGAAACGGUGACGGGAGUCACCAUUGUGGGCGCUCGCUGUCGGAUCACCAAAACGCCUGUCCCGGAGUCUCCAGAUUCGGCCCUCGACGUGAAUGUCGACCUGGGCUCGAUUCAGCUCACAACGACAAGCCACGCGGUGUCUAUGCCGACGCUUUCGCUCUUGGACGUGCCAAACCUCGACCUCAAGUCGGGUCAACACUCCAAGCUCCUUCCAUUCGUUCACUACUCGUUGGAAGGGUUGGAUGUCUCGUAUGGCCAGUCGCCAGGCUCUAAACUGGUCCAGGCAAAAGUUCAAGACUUCAAGAUUCGCGGCACCCCACAGGGAGUAGCAAUCACAUCGCACAUGGUCGACCAAUGGCGAAAUGUGCUUGACGACAAGCUACCGAAGGCCCGGCUGUACACCUAUGCGGACCUGAUCUACGACGUUAUCCGAGGUGCCGAAGAGACUGGCUGCGCGGGGACCUUGCCAUCGUUCAUGUACGAGACGGCGUACGGUCUCCAUGUUCCCGAUCAGCGCAACAUCCGACUGGAUCCGGGCUGGAUGACACUCGAGCGCUUCCGCCAUUUCAUGCAGUCGAUGGCGGCUCGUGGUGUCCGCCUCCCGUUACAGGAGCCUCGGCCAACUCGCCAGGAUAUGGCCACCUCGGUCGUCACUGAGCUGGCGCGCUACGAGCUGAUGGGUGGUGUGAGCGAGGACUUUGUCGCAACCCAACCCUUCAUGCGCAAAGCGUUCGGUGAGGAUCUCCGAGCAGCGGCGCCGUUGGUCGUACCUCGAGUCAACUCGCGCAUCGGCACAUUCCUCCUCCUACAAUCUAUCGACAUUCGCAACUAUGGUCGGCUUCUGCAGACGGGCGUGAUUGCCCCAAGUGUGCUUCUGGUAGAUACUGCCAACAUUGCAUUCGAGAAGCAGCUCACCUGGGAUGAUCACGUUCCUUCGACCGAUCUCCGCACAACCGUCCUCGUCCAUCGCAUUUCACUUGAUGUUCAAAACAGUUUCAUCCCAACGUGCCAGGCCAUCCUCACCCACCUCGAUACGCAUCGCACCGAGAUUCGGGAGAACCGCGUGGUGAAGGACCUGGAUCACGCAUCCGCCGUGGCCAUCGACGUUCAACUGGCCCAAGUCGGAGCUGCGGUUACCGCAGGCGGUGUCCGAAUGGACAUCUCUCUUGAGCAGGCCCACGGGUCUAUGAAGACAGAACGCAGCCUCCUCACAGGAUCCCACACACGGCGCCACAGACUCGAACACGUCGACUCCAUGGCCAACUGUGCCCUUGCGCAGGUCACACUGCGCGAAGCUGUCAGUGGAACGGAGCCGGUGGAUACGACAUCUCUUGAUCGCGCCUUUAUUAUUGCGGCUAUCCGAGGGGCUCGAUUCCACAACACCUCCAAGGUCAACAGUGCUGACGAAAAGGGUGGAACGAACCGCCUCUUCCUCGGCGUGGAGUCAUUCGACUUCGACUCACGCCCACAGCUCAAGGCAUUCUACGACUUUGGCAAGGAUUGGAGGAACACACAUUACCCUAUGUACCUUCCCCUCCUGGAACAGGCCAAGGCGGUCCUUUUGCGACGCGGAACCCCGGCGACCGACUCGUCCACAACCCCCCCACUCGCACUGGAGCUGGAGAUGGCGUUUGAGAAGCCGCCAUUGAACAUCGACGUCAAGAUCAACCAGGCAAACAUUCAAGUUCGAGCGGCCAAGGGGUUAUGGGUUGGGUGGGACCUGGGACAGAUCUACCUCAAUCGCCAUGGAUCUCAAGACCACCUGCAGUAUGGCCUUCGUCUUGACCCUCAAAUAGUCGGCGCGUACACGACAGCGAAGCGCCAGAAGAACAACCAGUCAUCCGUCAUCAAGCUGCCAUCUAUCGACUCGACUGGCAGUUAUCGCAAGAUCAACAAGCGCCCGCACAUCAACGCCAUAAUCAACUUGGGCAUGUUCGCCGGCGUGGUCAAACCGACAGUGCUGGACCGCCUUCUGUCCCUCCACCAAAAGCUGGGCAAUGAUCUUGCGGAUGUCAUCCGCGAGUACAGGGGACAGCGACCUGUCGAGAGCUCUCCGAAGCCGAAGAAGCCCGACGGCUUCCCUCUCACCUUCCGCAUCGAAGCUGGCAUUGCUGGUGUGCGUGUCGGCCUACGUGCAGACGAUGUGCCCUCGACCCUCAUGUUUGAGGCUCUUCAGUUGAAGGCCUCUGCAUCAAACGUUGACAGCAAGUCGCUCCAGUGGUCUGCAAAGGCGGAGCACGUCGGCCUGUCUGUGGGCCGGCACAUGGAGAACGCCAUGCUGCAGACGAUGUCUCCACUACGUGGCGCUCGUUCCGUGUCCAUGACUUUUGAUAUUGGAGCCGAAGAGACUCCUGGAACGGACAAGGCGCCGUCAAAGCUCACGGUCAAGCUCAGUCAUGUGCACACUGUCAUGCACGUGGCGGCGUUGAGUGAGAUCUCAGGCCUGGUUCACAGCUGGAUGACGGACAUCUCGGUCCUCAACAAUGUCCACAGUGCCGAGGUCGCCGAGGUUAAGGAACAGACAUCAAAGGUCCUCAAGACGCUUGAAGGCAGUUCGAACAGCCCCACCACUACCAUUAACAAUGGAGGUGAUGAUACUAGAGAGACAGCGAGUGCGGGAGACUCCUCAGUGGCCGACAGCAGCCUCGAAUCAUGGUUCGCCUCUCGACUUCUCGAAGUUCACGUCAACGGCUUUGGAAUGGCCAUCCCUCUUGAUGAAGGUGCCAGCCUGGACGUUAGACAGCGGGGGACUGGAGCCGGUCCUGCUCUCUUGUUCUCCAUCCGAGUCAUCAGCCUCACGACGAGCAAGACGGACACGGCGCGGUUCAAGAUUCAACAGUCGCUCCUACAGUUUGUUGACAAGUUUGACGCCAAUUCCAAGGAUCAUUACUCGGGUGAUUUCCACACCUCGUCGAACCGCAUGGCGCUCCCCAACAUUGCGAGCGAGGCACAGCUCACAACGACACCCGACUCUUGGAACGUCAUGGCUCACUGCUCUGCCACCGACUUCAACCUCUGCUUGACCCCAGAAAUUGCCGAUGGCAUUGGGCGUCUCGCCGACCUCUACGAGCGUGGCAAGGAACACUUGUCUGUUCUGGAGCAAGACUACCUAAGCCAGCUUGCUCGCAACGAGCGGAGCGAUUCCCUUGCAAUCAAGUACGAGGAGGCUGUACACGAUACGACCCCGAGGCCGAAGCAGCGAGGCAAUGUUCGCAUGUCCUUCCGCUUUGACAGUGGUCUUGUGGAACUAUACUGCCCGCCGAGUGGUGGGGACGUCAAACAAGGCCCUCAACGCACCGGCACUCGCACAAAGUAUCACCAAGAUACCUUCACUCUCCCGACCGUGUCCGUCUGGGUCGACUACACCGGCCCAUCCGACAAGCCCGACGAACAAAUCGGCUCACUGCUCCUCAACUUGGCAGUCCAUGAGAGUCAAAAUGUGCUCCGUCCGACCAUCCUCCCGUUCUUCGUGGAACUUGUCCGUCGCGUGGAGACGCGCUCCAAGGCGCGGGCUGCUCGCGCGUCACCGGUCGACUCGCCAAAGCCACCCGAGUCUCCCAUUCUCUCCUUGGCGGAACGUGUCCUCGAUCCACCGGUCGUCCCGGCUCACAAGGCGACUGGCAAGCUUCGUGUGCGCAUCACACUGCGCAUUGAUCGGUCCGAGCUCCGGCUGUCCUGCGCACCGGAUUCGAACGCCUACCUCGACCUCAAGUGGGAGAGUGGUGGCUUCCUUGUCUCGACGCUCAUCGGAGGCAAGGACACGACCACAUUCGCUGGCUCCGUCUCCGGCGUGACUGCGUACCUCAGUCACGAGUUUGCCGAGCAAGGACGCGGGUGCAUCGAGGCUGGAGCCAAGGACAUGGCAUUCUCGUUUGCCCUCUGCAAUGCCGACAAGAAGCAGCGAGGCCUCUCGAUUGUCGUCGACACCCAGGUGUCUGUCAAGUUCCGCCUCGACGCCUACAGUGCUUGGCUCAUCUUCAUGGCUGUCUGGGUCGACAACGCUCCAGACCUCGAGCAGCUUCUCUCCGAUGCGUCUUCAGCUCAGCCCGCUGCCGCCCCUACUCCUGCUGUGGGCCCCAAGCUUGCAAUGGCCCUGAUCGUCCGGUUCAGGAGCAUCGAUUUCGACGCCAAUAUCUCGGUUACGCAGGCGCGCUUGGAGAUGGCUCCCAUCGUUGUGCGCACUGUGUCGAAUGGAGAGCAGACCGAAGUGGACCUCAGCAUCGGCGUGACGCAGGUCACUGCAACCGGCGACAUCUCGGGCGACAUUCGCUCCGAGAGCCUCAAGUUCCACACGACUCGCCGCUCGUCCCGUGCCACCGACGCAACCAACCCAACUGUGUUGCAGAUGGCUAUCGAAGGUGGUGACCUUCACGGCAACCUGUUCAUCGGUGACAUGAACAUUGUCCGCUUCCAGCUGGAGCCUUCCAAGGUCACUCUGGCCGAUGACUGGCGGGAGUACGCCCGUACGCCAACCGGUCACGUCUUCCUCGACUUCAUUGUGAGAGCCGGCAAGUUCCAUGGCGUGCUUCGGCUGCCCGCUAUUCCACGCCUUCUGGGCCACUUCUACUCAAUCUUCGAGCUGCUCGAGUCGCAGAACAGGAUUGCCUCGCACCGUUCAGAGGCCUUCAAGAAGCAGCGAAAGCGCGGUGCCCAGGACCGCACGCCGAUGACCACUGUGGUGCUGUCUACAGUUCCUCGUCCCGGUACCGGCUCGACCGCAGCGUCGCACGUCAAGACUGCCCAGACUAUGCGCUUCGAGUUGGCAGGUAUCGAUAUCGGUAUCUUCAGUGAUGAUUACGAUGACGGUACCCUCGCCGACUGGUACCGCUUCGUGAUUGGCAAGAUUGAAGCGGAUCUCAAGCGCCAGGAAGCUGCCGGGGGCAUGCCGCAACGUGAACUGGAGCUCUUCGUAUCGUCUGUCGCCUGGCAGAGCAGCGAUGGCCGCCGCGCAGCCAAGGCUGAGACGCACGAUAUAUCUGCGUCCAAGCUUAUUGAGGCAGCUAUGAAGAAUGGCCACCGUGAAGUCGUGGUCCUGCCUCGAAUGACUCUCAAGAUGAACUCGACCGAGGCCAAGGAGCCCCCAGUUCUCGACUACGACUUCGACCUGGUAUGGGGAGAGACCGACGGCGACAUCAAGGUCCUCCCCAACUUCUUCGAAGCAGCUAUCAGGUCGUUCCGCAAGCUCCUCGCUGGUAUCGAAGAACAGCAGCUCCAUCGUGAUCGUCGUCGCGGUCUGGUCCGUGUGCCCAAAUCUCGCCGCGAAGGAGGCGACGAGGAAGAGAAGGAGGCCAAGGGUCCUCAGCUGAAGUACCACCGCCGCGGAACAGGCCCGUGGAACAACCCGGUUCCCAAGCUUCGCGCCCUCGGAGAAACCACUGGCGACGCUGCAAUGCUCGUACCGCGUAUCAAGGCGGCUGUGGGCGAGCUCCCAGCAUACUCGCACCGCUUCGUCACCCUGCCGUUGGAGGACGGCAUGGACCUCCUUCUCAAGUUAUACGAGCGCCAGCUGCCUCAGAUGCACGACGACGACCCAGCGAUGAAGACGCCUUCGCAAGUGGAGGAGCUCACGCCUCUGCCCACGGCGCCUGGUAGCUCUAGACCCUCAGCUCCCGCCUCGGUGCCCAGCAAGGAGUCGCUCAAGCAGCCUCCUGACGCCGGGGGUGCCCAAAAUGUGGUGGCUCCCUCACCUGCCCCAUCCUCGGGCAGCAUCCUGGUGCACUCGCCCCCGCCCAACUCGACGCUCCAUGCGCACCUGGCCCUCAUCAUCGGCGAGGUCCGCCCCGCCCCGCGCCCGGGGAGCUUCGUGACCGUUGCCUCGCCGUUCCACCCUCCGCAGUCGUUCCCGGUGCACUCCUCGGGCCGCUUCAAGGCUCUUGCGCCGCUCAACCCGGGCCCCAACGAGCUCACCAUCAUCGCGGGCGACGAGAGCAUCCAGUUUCCCGUAGCGUACGAGCCGCAGCCGGCCAACCAGCCCAUCUCGCUCGUCAUCAUUGCUGGGCGCGACUCGCCGCUGCGCUACGACGACGUGCAGCCGACCAACCUCGACGGCGCGGUGCGCCGCCUGCGCAUGGCUGCGUACCUGUGGCAAGCGUACACCGAGCACCAGAUGAUGAAGCAGGGCUUCGGGCCGCGCACGUUCCAGUUCGAGGAGGAGGUGGGCGAAGACACGCGCACGCGCGCCGGCGGCCAGGGCCGCGUGCCAAAGAUCACCCUCGUGCGGAGCAAGCAUUCUGUCGCCGAGAUCCGGGACACGAACCGCGCCCAGCAGAACAAGAGCAGCGGCAAGCCGCAGGGCCCGGACCUGUUCGCGAUUGCGCGCAACGCAGUCGACGAGGCGCCCGAGUUCCGCGACCGCGGCAAGGGGCUCCAGGUGGCCGCGCUGAUUCUCGACGCGACCGUCGACCACAACGCCGGCGGACUGAUCGUCGGCCAUGCGGCGCUCGGCGCGUGCGGUGACCGCCCGCUGGCCAUCUUUGGCUCGCACACGACUUUCUCGUGGCCGUCCUGCAUUGAGGAAGUGGUGCCCGCGUUCAUGGACCAACGGCCGGUCGACACACGCUACGUCGGUAUCGACUGCGAGGGCAAGACGUACGGCAUGGCGGCGAAUGUCGGCAUCGGGGCCAUGAUGCACGAGGUUGGGCACCUGCUGUCCUGUCCCCACCAGACGAGCGGCGUCAUGCUGCGCGACUAUGUGCGCCUGCACAAGAGCUUUGUGGCCGUCGACGCCGACGACCGCGACGAGUGCAACUGGCACCGGCUGGACACUUUGCGCUUCGUCGCGCACCCGUCGUUUGGUGUCCCGUGGGACCCGCCACGACCGAUCAAUCAGCCCAAGGGGCCAAUCCUGGUCACGGCGUCCACCGACAGCCUCGACAUCUUCACGCCUGGCUCGGCGAUCCUCGCCAUCGAGUACCGCGCCCCAGGGAAGGAGACGGCCGAGCCGUACGUCGACCUCCUGGGACGCAACUCGCAGAACUAUGGCGUGCCGCGGAACACGCUUGGCAACACGGACCGCAUCACAGUGCUCACCAGCGACGGAGGCAAGCUCGACGACUUCAAGGUCGCCAACGUGUUCCCGUCGCGGCCAGGCCAGCUCCGCAGCCCCGUGUUUGGCAGCGAGAACGGCCAGCGCUGGGACGUGCCUGUACCGCCCAACAUCCAGCGUAUCACGGUGCACCAUGGCAUGGCGCUCGACGGCAUCGAGUUCACGCCGGGCAAUCUGUUCGGCAAGCGCGGCGGCCGGCCAGACUCGUUCGACCUCCGCCCCGGGGAGCAGGUGAUUGGGUUCAACGUGCGCCACGGCGCGUGGAUGGACGGCAUCCAGUUCGUGACGACCCAGCGCACGUCACCGUGGUUUGGAAACUCGGACGGCGGCGGUCCCGGCGAGUCGCGCGUGCCGUCGGGAUACCGCCUGAGCGGCCUCUUCGGUAACGUCACCGACUGGAUCCAGGGCGUCGGCUUCGAGUACGAGCAGCUCCCACCACCGCCGGGUCAAGGCGGCGGCGGCGGUCAGCAGUGGCAGCAGGACCAGCAGCAGGGCCAGGGACAGCAGCAGCAGCAGCAGUGGCAGCAGCAACCGCAACAACAGCAGUGGCCUGGGCAACAGCCGCCGCAGCAGCCUUGGCAGGCGCCGCCACCGCCGCAGCAGUACGGUGGCCAGAGCGGUGGCGGUGGCCACGGCCUCGGCGACAAGCUGAAGAAGUGGUUCAAGUAG